AUAGUUCAUACUGGCGAACCGGUUCCGCUUUCCGUUGCCGUUCCGCUAUCAUUGCGUUUGGACUUGAACAGUCAUAAAGCUGCGUUUCCCCGUAACUGAACUGCAUACUAUCCACGGAGAGAUUUAACCUGUUUUGAUGAAGCUGUUACCCAAAUGCCGAUAUCCGGUUCUCAAUUUACUUUACAGGUACUAAAUGUGUUUAGUUCCUCUGGUCAACCGUUUUUGAAACGUUUAAUUUCCGGAUUUACAAAACGACGAAAGUAAGUGUUCGCGCUCAUCACAGACGCGUCAUCGCUAGUUGCCGCUCAAUUGAAGCGUGUGGAGAGAGAGACGCUACCUAUUGUGCCAUUCAUCGGCGCAGUGGAAUAUUCCACUGCCAGUCAGCGUGCAGCUUCUUCAGUUGGCGCCAAUCCAACAUCGCGCCAAACUGCGAAGGGAAGCAUGAGCGGGAAAUGAACGCUUUUUGUCUAUCCGUACUGUGGGCCUAUAUAAGGCACACGCAUUAGCAUGUAAGAUUUGUAGUUUGUAUCGUUUCCCCCACCGAGUAGGCACGCUGCCUCUCGGUGGUAAUAAAUCAGUAGAAGAGUAGAAAGUGUUUCGCUUCUGUUCUCGUCGUCCGUCAUUCGUAAUAACACAACGUAGGGAAAGACGUCCUGGCCGAAACAUUGGUGCCGUGACCAGGAUCACCGAAUCAUAGGAGAAGAGAGGUGCCAAUACCGUUUCCGGACCCCGCCGUCCACCCGUCGGACCAUGCCGUCCAUCCGAACCGUAGCGUUCAAUUGUGGGACCUUUGCGUCCAUCCGGACCAUUGCCGUCCAUCCGGACCUCGCCGUCCACCUGUGGGACCCAGCGUCCACCUGCCGGACCAUUGCCGUCCAUGCCCCGGACCUCUGCCGUCCAACCGGACCCCUGCGUCCACCUGUAAGACCAUUGGCGUCUAUCCGGACCGUAGCGUCCACCCGAGGGACCAUAGCGUCCAAUCCCGGACCAUUGCCGUCCAACCGGACCCCUGCGUCCAUUUGUGGGACCCUAGCGACCACCUGUCGGACCUCGCCGUCCACCCGUUGGACCCCUGCGUCCACCCGAGGGACCAUAGCGUCCACCCGUCGGACCGAAGUGUCCAUUCGUCGGACCGAAGCGUCCACCGUCCGGGCCGUAGUGCCCAUCCAAAGAAAAGUGCAUCCUCGAAUCAUCACCUCGAAUCGUCGAAACGAAUCAUCACCCGAAUCAUCAAAUCGCAUCAUCCAAGCAAAACCGCAUCGAAUCGAAGCAAGCAACGGUCAAACCGAUCAUCCAUUCAACCGGGCGACGAUGAUCAACCAGAGCAAGCCACCAACCCAUUGAAGCGAACGAUCGAGCCAAGCACCCCAUGGACUACCUAGAGUGAGCGAAACCAACCAACCAUUCAAGUGAAUCAUCCAGGGAAGCAAGCAAUCCAUGGACCACGCACGAUCGCCAAAGUCCUACCUAGAAUAGCAGGCAUCGAUCGGCGAUCACCAUCCAAAUAGCCCGCAUCGUUUCCAUCGCCAAGCAAGCAAAUUGAACAGCACACCAUCCCGAGCGUACUACCUACGGUGAGCCAGUAUCGAUCGCCGUCUACCAUCAUCAUCAUUCUCCCCUGCCCAACCAACAGCAAGCUACUCCACAACAAAUUUGAAAACAUUCGUUUUCGGGCGGGAGUAUGUUCGCGCUCAUCACAGACGCGUCAUCGCUAGUUGCCGCUCAAUUGAAGCGUGUGGAGAGAGAGACGCUACCUAUUGUGCCAUUCAUCGGCGCAGUGGAAUAUUCCACUGCCAGUCAGCGUGCAGCUUCUUCAGUUGGCGCCAAUCCAACAUCGCGCCAAACUGCGAAGGGAAGCAUGAGCGGGAAAUGAACGCUUUUUGUCUAUCCGUACUGUGGGCCUAUAUAAGGCACACGCAUUAGCAUGUAAGAUUUGUAGUUUGUAUCGUUUCCCCCACCGAGUAGGCACGCUGCCUCUCGGUGGUAAUAAAUCAGUAGAAGAGUA